AGUUACUCUCAGUUUCGAUUUGUGUGCGAAACGCGUCGGUGGUGAAUAAGAAAAGUGCGCGCGGUUGCUGGCCUAACUCGACCGCCCUUUAAAAGUUAAAUGUUUUGAGAAACAAUAAAAAUUUCUACAAAAACUUUAAGUGUAGUGAAAAGGGGCGAAAGAAGCAGUAAACCGGUCACGAGUGCUAAGCCUUCACCUCAGCGGCGGCAAGGCUUCAUUACAAAAGAAUUACAACCGUUUGUGUGUAAUUUAUGAAAAAUUAAAUAAAAUAAAAGUAAAACAACAAAAGAUAUUAGAGCAGUGCAAGCGCAACUGUUGAACAUUGUUGUUUCUAUUUUUUUUUCAUGUGAAAAGUUAAAGUUCGGUUGCUAACUUCAAAAGCGAAACGAGAGCAGCGAAAUGAAUGUAAGAAUUUUAUGUUGAGUGUAAAAAACGAGCGAAAGAUAAAUUCUAAAAACAAAGUAAGCAAAGCAGCGCAGCAGCAUUUGUAAUUGAAUUUGUGCGGUACUCUUUGGCAUCAGCAGCAAUUGCAGCCGCAUUCCCUACAGUCGCUGCAUAAAAUAUAGAAGGAAAAGACGCAAUAUUGCCUGCAACAGCAAUGCAGUUGGACGCCUUACGAGCAACCGACAACCGACACAUUUGAUAUGUAUAUAAGCUCUCUGACAGCCGAAAUGUUGCGGUAGCUACAGUUGAUUUUUAGAUGAGCCCAAUAGACAAGCGGAAAACACCAGGCAUAAAGUAAAUUGAAACUGCAAAUGUUCAAUUGAACAACCGGCGCUGCCAAUCCGGAAUAGCCACAAGCUUUGCGAACGUCCGGCGCCUAAAUUAGGUUUGAUACGUAACAAUGUCGGUGGUGAUGCCAGAAUUGCAUUGGACACAGUAAAUAGGAAAUCUCACACCCUUAAGGGGGGAGAGCGAAAUGAAUGUUUUAUGCAACUGAAGCAACAGAGCAAUCGAAAUCGAAAAUCCAAUGUCAAUCAACGUAACAGAACGACGCAACGAACUCGAAAACGCCCAGUUAACUAACCUAUGUCCGCCAGGUAUCUACUUAUAUCUACUGAGGGCGGGUAAGUAGUGCAGCGGCUUAGCAGGCGAAUUAAAUCGAAUUACACGGGAAGCACACAGCACAGCUUCGCGGUGUUUGAUCACAAACCAGCGAGCACAUCGAAUGCAAUCGAAUUAAAUUGAGAAAAUCUUAAAAAAAAAUAAUAACACAUAUGUAUGUCGAUAAUAAGAAAGAAAAAAUAUACAAAUUUUAAACAAAAAUAAUAAAGAAAAGGCAGCUAUCAUUAUCUGACACUAAAAAUUAAUAAGAAAAAACAAAAACGUCACAACAACUGUCCGCCUCACAUCAGCACCUCCGCAGAGCCACUGACAAGCGCCGUCACGCAAAAUGACAUUUAAAUUAUUUCGCCGCGGCUCGGCGCGUUGUUUCGGUCUACUGUCCGCGUUCAUCACGAUCUUAAUCUGCCUCUACUACAUAUCCAUUGGCCAGCAACAAGACGAAACGCUGCAGCCGGGCAAAGACACGACUGUUGCGCUGAGCGGCGGAUUCAGCAGCAUAGUGGCGACCAGUUUGAAUUCAGUGCCGCAGCAAAUGCACAAAGUGAAUGUGCAUAAUGCCAAAGUCAGAGGUAUGCGUGGCGAUGGCGAAGAGAAGAGUGGCGCGCAGAAAUCUGCGACUGGCAGUGGCGCCAGCGCAGCGCAGUUGUCGGCAGGCACAACAACCGUGGACGGCAGUGGCAAUGUCGAUGCGUAUAAUGGCGUCGAUAUGACCGCGAAUGGCGCGCCCACCAAGAAUCCUGAUUGGGGUGAUGUUUGCUAUGUGAUGGAUGAGAGCGACACGAAUAUCACAACGAACGAGGAGUAUGGGAAAUUUGAUUUCCAGCCUGAAUGGAUUCACACAAAGGAAUAUUGGGAUCGUGGUUUUGAAGAACGAUUUGAGGCACAAAAGAAAGACUACAAACGACCGCCAUUGAAGAUUUUCGUCGUACCACAUUCGCAUAAUGAUCCCGGUUGGCUGAAGACUUUCGUUAAUUAUUUCCAAUCUGAUUCGCGACAGAUACUUAAUUUGAUAGUAACAAAAAUGCAGGAGUACACCGACAUGACGUUCAUUUGGUCCGAGAUCAGCUUUCUACAACUGUGGUGGGAUCAAGCGCAUCCGACAAAACAGCGCGCUCUGAAGAAACUUAUCAAGUCAGGACGUUUCGAAAUCACAACCGGCGGUUGGGUGAUGACCGACGAAGCGAAUGUGCACCUCUACGCCAUGUUAGAUCAGCUUAUUGAAGGGCAUCAAUGGUUACGCAACAAUCUGAAUGUAACACCAACCGUCGGCUGGUCGAUCGAUCCCUUCGGGCAUGGCAGUACAGUGCCGUAUUUGCUGUCUGGCAGCAAUUUUGAAGGCGCCAUAAUACAACGCAUACAUUAUGCCUGGAAACAGUGGUUUGCGCGUCAACAGAAGGGCGAUUUCAUGUGGACACCUUAUUGGCAGCAGCGCGGCAAGGCGCCAACGGAGCGUGGCAGGUUGCUAACACACAAUAUGCCCUUUGACAUUUACUCGAUUAAGGGUUCGUGUGGUCCACAUCCAUUUAUAUGCCUAAAUUUCGAUUUCCGUAAAAUACCAGGCGAGUAUACGGAAUAUUCGGUGAAAGCGCAAUUUAUAACCGAUGACAAUGUUGAAUCGAAAGCGCAAGUAUUGUUGGAACAAUAUUCACGUACUGCUUCGUUAUUUCCACACAACGUGGCGCUUAUACCUGUCGGCGAUGAUUUCCGUUACAAUAAGGAGCGCGAAGUGGAUCAGCAAUAUACGAAUUAUAAGAAAUUAAUCGAUCAUAUAAUGGCCAAUAAGCGUCUCUAUAAUGUGGACAUCUCUUUCGGCACACCACGUGACUACUUCAACGAAAUUCGUCGUCGCACCACCUCCUUCCCAACGCUCAAGGGUGAUUUCUUUGUAUAUUCAGACAUCUUCUCCGAAGGACGGCCUGCUUACUGGUCCGGCUAUUAUACCACACGUCCGUUCUAUAAGCUGCUUAGCGCCGAUUUAGAGCAUAAUCUGCGCGCUGCCGAAAUACUCUUCACCGUUGCUUACAACACUGCACGACAGGUCCGUCAUGUGAAUGCCAUUAAGAUCUUCGAGAAGAAUUAUGAGAAAAUGAUACACGCACGUCGCAAUUUGGGACUCUUCCAACACCAUGAUGCCAUCACCGGCACAUCAAAAGCGGCCGUAAUGCGCGAUUACGGCAUGCGUCUGUUCGAAAGCAUACAAGAUGCGGUCAAGAUGCAAGAGUCCACCAUUGAAAUGUUAGUGCAAGAGGGCAGUGAGCGUCUUAAUUUCCUGCUGAGCGAAUUAGAACGUGAUAACUUCAGUAAGCUGGCGCGCAAGACCCCCAUACCAAUCAGUGGUAAUGGUAUGAUUGAUGAAUUUGAUGACUUGAAUGCAAAUGCCGGGACAGCUUCGUUUGUCAUCUUCAAUUCGUUGGCACAGAAACGUUUGGAAGUGAUUACGUUACGUUCGCCAGUGCCGAAUGUCAAAGUGCUGAAUGAGCGCGGCGAGGAGAUACGCUUAAUGCAAAUCAAUCCAGUUUGGAAUAUAACCGAUGUUUAUGAGAUGGGCAUGGGUGGCGGUGUGGGUGCUAAUAGCGCUAUGGGACGUAUACGUGUUUCUACACGUCAGUAUGAAAUCAUGUUUAUAGCCGAAUUGGACGCGCUUUCACUUGCGACUUACAGCCUUGUGGUUGUGGAUGAAAAGAACUUUAGUCAACCGACAAUGGCGACUAUUUAUUGCGAUGGCUGCACAGAUGGGGCAACGCCGAACCCACCUAAUACCAGCACGAAUUUCGUGGUCAAAGCCAAGCCAUCAGGCGACAUACAACUCGAAAACAAUUUCAUGCGUCUGCUCUUCGAUGAAAAGACCGGUUUUCUCAAGACCGUUACGCGUAAGAGCGAUAAUGAGCAAGCGCUCAAGCCCAUGCAAUGCGCUAUAAAAUUCGCUGCCUAUCGCAGCGCACAGUUCCACUCGGGAGCCUAUCUCUUCAAAACCGAUCCCGAACAAAACGAAGCCGAAAAAGAUGUACUCGAUCAGUAUGAAGAUGUGCGCAUUAUCAUUUCAUCGGGUCCGAUUGCAAGCGAUGUUACGGUUAUUUAUGGUCCAUUCUUGGCGCAUACAGUACGCAUUUUCAACACACAUACUCACCUAGAUGCAGCCAUGUACAUUGAGAAUGAUGUCGAUUUUGAGCCGCCACCAAAGAAUCGCGAAACUGAGCUAUUCAUGCGUUUUGUCACAGACGUAGAUAAUAUUAUAACAGUAAAACGUGAUGAUGUGCUGAAGGAGGCGGAUACUGUAGCGGAAUUGCCGGUGUUCUAUAGUGAUCAAAACGGUUUCCAAUAUCACAAACGCAUUAAAGUGCCCGCAAUCGGCAUUGAAGGCAACUACUUCCCCAUCACAAGCGGCGCCUUCAUACAAGACGCGCGCGUACGCUUCACCCUACUGACCACACAUGCACAGGGUGCCGCCUCCUAUGAACCGGGCCAAUUGGAAGUGAUGCUCGAUCGGCGCACACUUUACGACGAUUAUCGUGGCAUGGGCGAAGGCAUUGUGGACAGUCGCCUCACACGACACAAAUUUUGGGUACUCAUCGAAGAUAUGCCAACGAAAAAUGAAAAUGCCUACCAAAUACCCAGCUUACUGGCCAACCAGCUUGCAAACGGCCUACGUUAUCCACCGAAUCUGUACUUUGUAGAGACAUUUGAUGCGCCAGCUGUGCAAUUGAAACCGAAAGUCGCAUUACUCGAUCAUGGUGCGCUGCCAUGUGAUGUACAUCUGUUAAAUUUGCGCGCACUCUCCGAAGAGCAGCUACAGCUCUUCCCAUCGACAUCGGCUUUGAUGGUGCUGCAGCGUCAGGGUUAUGAUUGUGCCAUUGGUCAAAAUAUCGAUAUAACGCGUGUAUGUGCUGCUUCGGCAAGCGGUCUGGGUCCGGUGGGUAUCAAUAGACUGCAUAUCGCGCGUUUGGAGACGACGAGUUUGACCGGCACGCUGCAUGAGAGCGAACGCAAGCGACUGAAAUCGUUUGCGGAGAUCACACUGGAUCCCAUGGAAAUGCGCACUUUUAAUGUGACGUUCAAAUUUUAAAUUACAAAUCAGUUAUUUAUCUAUUUAUAUGUAUAUAUUUUUUUUUUGUGAAAAAUUACACUAAAAUUUUAGUUGUGUAAUGUUAGUGAUAAUUUUAACGCGACUUUUCGGCAGAAUUAAUGUUUCGUAUUUAAUUUUUUUUUUCGUUUUUCUCUAGGUUCAUGACAUAAUGUCAUAACUGUUAUGUAUAUAUUUUACUUUAGAAUGUAUUUAUUAAAAUUUACAUUUACCCGCGAUAAUAUUUCAACAGGAAGCCUCACGCAAUUGACAUUUCCAUUCAACUUUGAAUACAAAACUGCCUUUGACAUUUCCCUACUUAUAACAAAACAAGCAAAAACAACAACUAGGUUUCAGAAGCACAUUUAUUGCAUUGUAUUGCUAAUAAAGGUAAAUAAAUUUCAGAAAUUAAAUUAAAAAAAUUUCAAACAAAAAGUGUUUGUCAAAUUUUUUUAAAGAAAUAGUUUACUUUUCUUAGUAAUACAAUGCGAUUUCAUAGUACUUUGUUACCCCAUUAAACACUCGCAACCACUAUAGUACAGUUAAAGCAAAAACCAUUCCAACAACUAUAAUAUAUUUAAACUAUUUAAUUUCUCAAAUACGCUUACAAUAGUUUAGUGAAAUAUUUUAGCAAUAGAAACGAUAAUUUUCUUAUUUACACAAACAACACAAUUUUUUGUUUAUUAUUAUGUACUGUUAUAGUGCAGACUUGACCAGUGUGACGACAAAUUUUUAUUUUUUAAAACCAAAAACCGUUAAAUGAAAGCUUAAUCGAGCUUUAUUGGUUACUCUAGCAAUAUUUUUUUGCUAACUUGUACACAGCUACCUGUUAAACGGUCCCUCGCCACUUUCGUCUUUUGUCGAAGACACCAGUAUUUUUGCAUUACUUUCAAAUAAAUAGUUUAAUUGUAAUAUUAUAUGAUAAAUAGCGUUUAUUACCAGCUGAUAUUCAUUUUGCGAACUCAUUGUUUUCAACCAUUUAAGUUUAGCAUUAUAAUUUCUUUAUUAUAUGAAAUAUGCUAAGUCAUGCUGGGUUUACUUUUUUUCCCUUCAAGCGCAGCCUAAUUUUAUUUCACUUACUCAGGCAGCUCUUAGUUUGCACACUUUGGAAAUAGUAAGCAGCAUUUCAGCAUUAAAGACAAGAUUUGAAUGUAAAAUACAAAAACGGUUUUAAAUAACGGUAAAUUAUAUGCAAUACGAUGCGAAUAUAAAACAAAAAUACCAAACACUUAAUAGUUAAUUUUAGUGAAAUGCACGCCAUGCACCCUAGUUAAGUUUAGCAGUUAAUAAUGUUUAGACAUACGAAAAGAAAACAUGUUAAGACACCAUACUUAGUAAGUAUUUAUGAAGAUAAUGAUAUUUAUGAAGGUAAUGGAAUGUAAUCAUCCAUACACAACUGAUUGUUGCUCCUUUCCGUUUACUUGUCAUUAAGGCUUUGAUAUUUACUUAAAUAUAUUUGCAGUUUAACUUGAAAACAUUUUUCAACCAAAAAAAUAAAAAAAAAAUUACAGUUCUUGAAGCCAGUGACACAAGCUUGUUAAUAUUAUUAUUGCAAUGCUAAAAUGUCGUUACUUUAGAGUAAUAAUUGAGUAGUCGAAAUCUGGACGCAACAAUUGAAUGUGUGGAAAUAGUCUGAUAUUAGCUAUCGAAUAUGUGUGUGUAGGCAAUAAGCUUAGAUUUUUAUAUAGCUACAAAUUGAUUUAAGCGUUUUUCUCAUUAGCGAAUUUAAAAAAUUGUGGCAAAUAUUUGGCAACAUUUUAUUGCAAAAAAAAUUGGAACGAAAGAAAAAUUAGACUUGAAGAAAAAAUUAGCAAAAUUAAAAAUGAUUUAUUUUAUUUAAAAGAAAACAAAAUUUUUUCGCUGUUUUGCAGUUUCUUUUCAGACUGAGUAGCAUAAAUGUACAACUAAAAUAAAUUAGCGUUUAAUUUUAUAGGUUAGUAUAAUAUGUUUUGUUAAUUUAUAUGUUUUUAACGUUGUUUUGAGCAUAUAUGUAUAUGUAUAUAUGUAUAAGUGGUGAAAAAGGAAAUUAUAUUUAUAUGUUUGUAUAUAAUAUAUAUUUGUAUGUCCUGAUUAUAUUCGAUUUUGCAGCAAAACUAUAGGCAGUUUAGUUUAAAACGUAUUUCGAAUAUAUUUAAAUUAUAAAUUAUUAAAAAAAAUGCAAUUGAAUGUAUAAUAUUAUGAAAAUUGUUAAGGAUAUUUUUAACGAACAAAUAUUUGUAUGUGUCCGAAACUCGAACAAAUUGUUUUAUAUUUAAAUUAAAAUACGGCUAUUUUUGUUUGAAUCUCAAUAAGAGAAACUUUUGAAUCUCACAUUUAAUUUUUAUAAACAUUUUUGAGCAACUUAAACAAAACCCUACAAUUUUGUGCAUUUUAUAAAUUAUAAAAGACGAACCAAACUGAUUAAGAGAACCGUUUUAAAUGUACGAGGGAUGUGAUAUGAACCCCAUCGGACCAUAAUUGAAACUUAACGGCAUUAUUCAUUAGAAAAGAAGUUCACUAUUUUAAUUUAUGAAAUAAACGGAGCAUAAGUAGACAGCAACCACUAUUAGUAUACAUGUAUACAUAGGCCUUACUGUAGUAAUCACUUUAAUUUAUAACCUGCAAAUUUAUGUUCUCAAUUUAAGUAAGCCGCUGUACAAUGGGUAGUAAAAAGAAAUAACUAAAAUAAAAAAUAUUGUUUUUAAUAUAGUAUGUAGUUAUUGCAAGUUAUUAUAACCAAAAAAAAACACAAA